GGCGGCGCCGCCCCGCCCCUCACAUGACCGCUGGGGAGGUUGCGCUGGCGGCCGCUCGCCUCGCCCGCUGGCCUCUCGGCGUCCCUCGGUGCCGCUGCGAGCAUGGAGCCGCGCUGCUCCCCCCGCUGCCUCCUCUUCCUGCUGCUCCUCGGCGCCUGCGGUUUUUUCCAGUCAUAUGCAGUGGAAGUAGAGUUAAAGGAUGCCUCUAAUGUUACGUGCCUGUAUGCAAAAUGGAUGAUGAGUUUCUUGAUAAAUUAUGAAACAAACAGUAGUGAUUAUAAAAACACAACUUUGAAUCUGUCGUCCAAUGUGACACACAAUGGAAGCAUCUGUGGCAAUGACACACAAGCUGCACUCGUGGCAGUACAGUUUGGAGAAGGCCACUCUUGGAGUGUUAACUUUACAAAAACCAAUGAAACUUACCAGGGGGACUUCAUCACAUUUACCUACAACACCAAUGACACUGCUGUUUUUCCUGAUGCGAAGAGAAAAGGACCUGUUACCAUUGUUGUAAAGGAUACUAUGCGUCCAGUUCAACUGAAUAACGUCUUUGUGUGUCAUAGUGCUGACUUUCUUGAAGCAGAAAAUGUAACACAGAUUUUCUGGAAUGUGACUGUGCAGGCUUUUGUUCAGAACGGCACAAUCAGUAAAAAAGAGUCUAGAUGUCCUGCUGAUACACCUACUCCUGCACCUACCAUUCUGCCUACUACUGCAUCUACCACCACUCUACCACCUGUUCCAACCACCACUCCGAAACCUGUGGAGAAUCCAGAGUCAGGAAACUAUUCUCUUAAAAAUGGAAAUAAAACUUGUCUUCUGGCAACUGUGGGGCUACAGCUGAAUGUUUCCCGGGACAAGCCUCUUCUGAUCAACAUCAAUCCAAAAACAACUGUUGCAGACGGUGCCUGUGGUAACACAACAGCAACUCUGAAGCUGAAUGAUGGAAAUAGCACAUUGAUUGGUUUCACAUUUGUAGUGAAAAAUGUAAGUGGAGGUGGACAAAAAUUUUACCUGAAAGAGGUGAAUGUUACACUGCUCAACUAUCUGAAUGGUUCUGUCAUUUCACAUGCAGACAACAACAAUUUCAGCAAGUGGGAUGCUUUCCUUGGCAGUUCCUACAUGUGCCGGAAGGAGCAAACUCUUGUGAUUAAUGAAGAAUUUCAAAUAAAUACUUUCAAUCUCUGGGUUCAGCCAUUUCUUGUGAAGGAGAAUAAGUUCUCUGCAGCCCUGGAGUGUUCGGUGGAUGAUGACAGCAUUCUAAUCCCAAUUAUAGUUGGUGCUGCACUUGCUGGCUUGAUUGCCAUCAUAGUGGUUGCUUACAUAAUUGGCAGAAGAAAAAGUUAUGCUGGAUAUCAAACAUUGUGAAUCUAGAUGUGAUUCCUGUUCUGAUUUCACUCUAAACAAAGCAAGUGCAAGUUCUGAAGUCCAAAAAAGACCUAAAACUUAGGAGUAAUUACUAGCCACAGCUAAUUGAAGCUGAGAAACAGAGAAUGUUUAUCUCAGAUGAAGCAGAGCUACGGUUUUACUUUUCCUGCUGUAAGAAGACGACGUGGGUUUCAUAGCUGUUUUGAAGAUGUCAAAUAUUGGAUGCAUUGCUAGGCUAAGGAUUUCAUCUUGCAAAACCCCUAAAGUAUCUAGGAUUUAUUUCUGCUUUUUACAAAUUGUAGCCUGAAACAAGAACAUGUUCUAAACUGAUGUGCAUUGGACAACUCCCAGAAUAGCAUAGAAUUUGUACUUGCUUCUGUCCUUUGCGUUCCUUAGUUGUCAUAACUGUGGGUUAAGCUGGCAGCGUUAGUCACUAUGUUGACUCAUAUUUAACAAGGAUUGGACAAUGCCCAGUAACAACUUUGUUUUUCAUAGAAUUAACUUUAGGCUGGUGAUUAAGUGAUCUUUUGAAGUGGCAGCAGUAACUUAGCUUUGACAAAAUUUGAGUAGCUUACUCCUGCCUUGAUGUGGCUUCAGAAAUCAUUCCUAUAUUCCCAACUGCACAAACUAAAUGGAUAACCUGUACUUGCCAAAUGGUGGAUGUGUAGGAAGACUUCAGUGCUGUUUUCAAGUGCUUUCACACACAUAAAAAUACUGCUAGGCAUUGAAUUCAUCACUUGGCAAUCAUCUAAAAUACUCAACUGAGGCAGAGUUCUGCUAAAUUAACGCAAGCUUUUUUGCUGCCAUCAGUUUAAAGGGAAUAACCUUUCUAAAUGUUCCAGAAUUUUAAAGUGCACUUAACUUUAUAUCAAACUCUGCACAGAACUGGUUGUCUUGUGCUUUUGAAUCACCAUUGUUUAAAGAUGCUUUCAUUUAUUGAGCCAGUAUCUGUUGCUGCAGCUUGAGCUGUCUUUAAAUCUUCAUCUUGAAUGGGUCUCUGCCAACCAAAAUUCACAUUAGAACUGCCCACCAUUGGCAUUCUUAAUGUUUAAUGUACUUUGAGUUUGACUGCUGUGUAGCAUUUAUUAACAUCAAGAAUGAAAAAGCCAAACAAGCCUGAGAUGGACCUACAACACCUAUUUUUCUUUGCUGUAUGGAAAGGAUCAUUAGAUUAAAAAAUGCAGUGCAACUGGACUGUUCUUAAACUGCAGCUCUGUAGAGACUAACCCUUGCUGCACAACUUUCUCUGACCUCCUUGUGCUGUAAUACAUGUUUCUCACUGCAUGGGGAAAAAACAAGUCUUUUAGACUUCUAGGUAAGUGUGGCUUUUUUGCAUAUGUCAUAACAUGAGCUCCCUGAAGUAGUUAUUUAAUGCACAUAACAUUGUCUCCCCCUUUAGAAUAAGUUUAACCUGUGUCCAAGCUGGUUUAGUGUUUUAUCGGUGUUUUCUAGGGCUGUAGAGAUUUGUGGCGUGUUUGUAUACAGAUCAUAAAAUAACAUCUCUUUCAGUAAUUUGUUUUUCUUUUGUAUAACAGUUAUCUUGACACUAGCCAAGGAAGCAAAUAUGGGUGGCUAAUGCUUACUCCAGACUGUAGCCUACAGCUUGAAUUUUGCAUCAGUUACUGAAAUUUAAUUUUAAUGGAAGUGGGGAACUGUUAGAAGUUUAAUGCUGAAACGAGCUUCAAGACUUUCCAUUUUAAUUAAAAAACAAUUCAAUGACUUUCAUAUUAAUAGAUCCUCAAAUGCAGAAGUUCAUAACGAUCUUUAGCUUCUUUUUUUUUUUGCCUGAUGUUUAGUGGCAGCAGUUACAAGUGCAUUUCUGUUCAGGAGUAGUUACCUUGCUGUAUUCAUCAUCAGACCAGGCUAAUUUUUUAACCAUGCACAGUUUCCAAGUGAAUCUACAGAAUAUUAGUACAAACUGUUCUCAAAACAGAACAAUACUGGAAGUAUCUUUGCAAAAUUGGCAACUUAAUCUUCAUUUACAAUCAUAUUGGCUCACAGUGAAGUACUCCUAGACUGAUGUGCAGGUAACUGGUUCAACAAACAGCCAAGUUUCACCUGACUGCCUGUUGUUAUAAACCCACUAAUUUUCCUUUAUGUAUUGCUCCGUAGGGAACUGUCAACUUGUUCAACAUGCUCUAAAUAAUAAAGAUUGUUCUGUUUCUUAAGGAAACUUGUUCAGAUUUUUAACUGAUUUGAAAACAGACAUCUUGUAUUUUUUUUUUUACAGAAAAUAAACUAAGGUCAACUUCAAUCAGUCUAUAUCUGAGACUCUGUCCUAUAGCAGGUAGAGGUGCUUCUCGAAGGCUUCUGUCUGUGCCUUAAUGCUUUGUUUUGCAGCACAUUCCGAAGUGUGCUUGGGUACAGUCUGCCAGCAAAGGCAGCUUGGGAGCUAACAGAGAUGCUGUAAAUCUGGUCCAUCAGUAGCAAUUUCCUUGUAAGCCUUUUAUGUCAGUUGUAGCCACAUCCAGACAUGGUGUUUUAUGAUUAAGUUUGCCAGCCAUCUUAAACUGAUGUACAGCUGUGAACAGUUCAGUUUCUUCUUGCAGUCAUCCUGGAAAAUUAAAUCAGUCUCUGCAUUCAGCAAAGUGGGACAGUGUUAGGGAGCCUUCUGGGUAUUGGGCAGUAGCUUCAUCCUCUCUGUUCAUCCUGCCUGGGCUUUUCUUUAAAAAGAAAGCAUGACUUUUUAAGAAAACUUCUUUACCACAGUGUUCUCUGUUGUAUAUCAUCUACCAGUAAAGCCACACAAUUCUGGGCUGCCAGUUGUGUCUCAUGAUUGGAACCAGAAGGGAAGAUAGAUUUUUAUACUGGGAAUGAAAAUGUCAGUGGUCAACAUUUCUGGUGAUUUUUUUUUUAAUGGAAACGUUCAACCAGUACGUCCAAAAAACUCUUCUUUUUGGCUUGAACGUGGAGUCUGCUUGUCAUGAUGCACAGUGACCAGAUUCAGCAUCUGAAGGUGCUUCUCUGAAGCUUCUAACCAUUGUACCUGGAUAAAUGUGUGCCAACAACAGUCACAAACCAGAGAGAGGUAAAGGAUGGCAUGUUCCUGGUAUGAAACUUUAAAUGUCUUUUAUCCUGGGAAUUCCUUGUAACAGUGCCAUACUGGUGUGUGUACUGCAGCAGUCUGCUUCCUUGAACAGAGAGGUGAAGGGAAUUUCUUUACUGCCUGCUACCUUUCUCCAACAAUUGAUACUCAGUGACCUUUAUCCUGCAUGUCAUAGUUCAGUUGUGUAUGUUGAUCUUCAGUGAACAAAGGUGUCUAAACAUCAAAUGCAAUUCUCUGAGAUACUUUCUGGGCAGUCAGGAUGUUUUGAAAUAGCUCAGUGUCUCUGUAUAAGGUAUGUACAUCCUUUUUUUUUUUCCCUUACAAAUAUAUCUCUACUUAGCAGUAGGUGCCUUCAAAUUGUCUGAAUGUAGUGUUUUCAGCUGCUGAAACUGUCAGUUUCUUCCCUCUUAGCCGAAGGCUUUGUAUAGACUUCUGUGAAGAGGUAGUGGCAAGUUUGUACUGGACUGUAGUGAGUAAAUUUCCCCUAAUUAAGGCUGUUAGAGGCUCGAAUGAUUUAAAUACUCACUUGAAACUGUAGCUAGCUUUUGUUAAUGCAUUGAAUAUGUUCCUUGCACUUGCUCUGCUCUAAUAAAAGCUCAAAGAAGUUCUAUAAGGAGCUCAGCUUCACUAAAAGCAUGUAAGCCCAGCCCCCUUGUACUGUUCGAGCAGUACACACGCACUGUCACAUCUUGCUAAACAUCUCUUGGCACCACACAUGUGGAGCUCUGCUUUCCUUACAAACAGGAGGAAGGCUGAGCCCUGCCUAAGGUUUAUCACUGAGUUUGGAAUCGGUUCUCAGUGUUGUUUGUUACUCCUUGCCUGAGUGUUCAGAUCAGCAAGGAGUUCAUAACCUGUUUCAUAACCUGUGUAUUAAAGACCACUGUAGCAUUAGAGUUGCCUCUUUGGGUUUUGUGGUUUUUUUUUUUCCUCCUGUGUUGAUUUUCUUUGUAAGAUCUGCAUCGUUCUGAGCUGAAACUUGUAACCCUUCUAUUUGAAAUUAAAAUAAAGUUACUCAAAGAGUC